ACCGAUGUAUUCCUUGUGUUAUGCUGUCACAACUUCUUUUGGCAGCAUAUUCUAUGGAUCACUCUUUACGGCUGCAAUGCGAACAUUACGGUGGGAGAUUGCAGUUUACGGAAAAAGCUUUAAUAACUCAGCAAAAGAUGCCUGGGAGCUGUUCCAAUCUACAGGAGUUGAAGCACUUGUUGCAUAUGACUGUUCAGGUGCUGUUCUACUGAUGGACACAUUCUUGGGUGGGCUGAUUGCCAGGACUUGUGCAGGUGUUUGGUCUUGCAUCAUAUGCUUCUAACACAGCAUAAAUGGUGGGAUCUACUGCCAUGUUGAUGAGGAUGAUCUUGGUCGGUUUUGGUGACUGUAGUUGUGGAAAGUGCAGUGAAGUCUAUUUAUCUCUGUUACGCGCAAGACCCUUUAUUAAAAGGUUGAACCCCAACCUUAAGGGUCCCCCACCGCCCCUGUCCUGGAACAUCGUGAGGGAGGUAAAUCGCAGGUUAUGCCUCCAAGGGUACAGGGCGCAAGACCCUUUAUUAAUACAUAGGUGGGAUGCACCGUUCUUUGAACAGAUGUCGGAGAAACUACACCAGAGCCUUCAACAUAGAAGUGCACGCUCAAGAUAAGUAUUAAGUCAUAGAAUAGAUGAGCAAAUACAAGAAACAAUUGCUGUUUGAAUACAAGAAGCAUCAAUAGCUGUUAAGUACAGUUAAUUCCUAUGAAAUUUGAAAUCCUCGUUUUCUUCUCUCAGAUAACAUAUCGAAACAUGUUUAUGAAA